AUGGCCUUCAAAUCGCAAUAUCGGAUGCCAGGCGCCUAUUUUGACGCUCAGCCCGGCGGAGUCCACCCCGGAGUCUUCCGGCCCCCAACCUCUCCCUCCACGGGCUCUUCCUAUUGCUUUGCGAGAGCCAACAGCUAUCACUCAGAAGCAACAACACCUCUCGCCCAGGCCAAGCGGAAACGCCGAACCGAUGCCUCGCGCGAGGCCACACCGCUGCAUGAAUGGGCCGAUGGGACCAUGAACCUCGACAGCUCCAGCGAACUACCCGUCCACGAAACUCCUCUGCCCAUCCGAGAAGCCCGGUACACCCUAGCCGGCCAGCUCGAGACCCCGGGUGCCGCUUCCAACACGCCUUUCGACAACGGCACGCUGGAUGAGAGCAUGUACUCUGACACCGACUACCGAAGGGCUCUAGGUUCGAAGCGACCUCAUGAAGAAAUAGAAUCACAUGUGCCCGGUCAGCCCACUAUGCUAGUCCCACCCAGUCAACCAGUCUCGGGUGGCUGGAGUCGCUUUGCCUUCAGCACCAUCGGAGGUGUUGUCGGCAAGGUAUGGGAAUUUUGCAAGGCCGGAGCCUUCAGAGGCUUCACUGCCGGAGGCGGCAAAGCCUACACCAUUGACGGCCAAACUAUUCUCGACCCUACACCUGCUCAAGCAACAGAAACCGUUCCCAGGCCCGAACCUGAAGCAGAGCCAUCUAAAAAGUCAAACGAGAAGACGAACGAUUGGGGACAAGCGACCCCCCCGCGCAUGAAUAUCCCUACUCCCGAUACUGACAGUACCUUGCCGGGCGGGUUUCCCCGAUCAGACUAUACAUUCUACAGCCGCGAGGCCCCCUGCCCUUUCGGUCUCGCUCCAGAGUCCGCGCCCUCGCGGCCGGCUGUGAAACGGAGGCAGACGAGUGCGGGUAAUCAGGACGAACUGCGCAACUGGGUUGUGGUGGACGAGUCGGGAGCUGGCACGAGGCCGGUAUCGAGAGCGUCAAUGCGGUCGGUAUCUCGGAACACGCGCCCAUCCAUGGUGACCGGCCGCAGGAUUAGUGUUCCGAAGCCCCGUCUUAGCUCAAUCCCGAUACAUAAUCGCCGACAGUCGGCGAACCGCGACGAUCUCCUGGCAGAAGCCGCCCCGCUGUCGUACCGCGAGCCUGCGAGUUUUGCCAGUGUCCGAUCGCCGGAGCCUCCUAGAUCCCUGACGGGCCCGUCGCCGAGUCGGAUCCCUCUUCCUACCCAGUCGGCCGGCUCGAGCCCGAACCCGUUUGCGAAAACAAGCACGUCAGCCAGGCGGCAAAGCGGCAUCCCUUCGCCGGCAGUACAGUCGUCGGCCUUCACCCCUCCGGUGCGGUCUCACCGUCGCUCCGACAGCGGUGCCUCGGCUGCGUCACCCCGCGGCAAAAUAAAGGAGUUUGGUGUUAAUUCCAUCCGAGAAAGUCCGCGGCUGGACGCGGAGGCGAAGAGACUGGCCGCGCGGAGGGUCAGGGACGAGCAGGACACGGACGCACGUAUCAAUGAUUUCAACCAGAGACUGAAGGAGAUGAUUCGCCAGGGCAGGGAGGCUCUGGGUACGAGAGUCGAGGUGGAUGGCGACGUUGGCGGAUGGGAGGAUGAUUGA